GUGAGACUCUACGCGAUUCCGCAGAGCCUCAAGUCCCGCCCCUGGUACCGCCUUCCACAUAGAUGUAUUUACAUACAAUAGCCACCAAGAGUCGCUGUUUUCACAUCUACAAACCAGAUUAAAAAAGGCUGUUCCACUCGUUUCAAACAAGGUGUGCGGAUGCAUCGUUUCCCGAGAAACCCAGAAAGACGGCGCUUGUGGGAGAUCAAAGUCAAACGAGCGAGCUGGAAAGCUCACAACAAUUCUUUUCUCUGUGACAAACAUUUUGACGAUUCGCAACGAGAGAUGAACCAUCCUGAAAGACCAUUGAAAUGGAACGCCGUGCCCAACAUUUUUGCUCACACCAAGCGAGUCAUACCAAGACUGGCCAGAAAACCAAGACCCCUGCCUGCUCUUCCCAAAUUUUGGAAUGAGCUGGACCAUCCGUACGCUCAUAAGAAUCGACCAAAUAGUGACACUGCGCGAGUUUCGCUUUCAGAUGUCAACAUGGAUGCCAUCAUACAAAUGAAAGGAGCUCCACAUGCCAUCUGUCCCGCACCUGUCAUUCCAAUAGAUCCUUACAAGCAAAUUCACAAACUUGAAACACAAAACCUCCUCUUAAAAAGGAAGCUUCGGCAUGAGCAACGCUUAAGGAGAUCCAUGGCAAAUGAGCGCACGGUCAUGCAGAAGAAAAUGAUGACUGUUUUCAACAAUAACCAGAUUGAGAAUAUGAGCAAGUCAUCGCGGUCCUUCAAGUGGUCCAGAGAUUCGUACAGAAAAGCCUUAAAGCUCAGAAACGCGUGUGGAAAAACUGGUUACCAAGAACUUUUACGCCAAAGUUACCCACUGCCUUCUCUUCGUUCUCUGCGACGGAAGGAAGUCGUGGCUUUAGGAGUGGAAAUUUUACAGGAGACGAUGGCAACAUCCGCUAAUGACAAUCAAAGACAUUCGGAGGAGACGUCUGUCAAUACUGCAAAUGUUACUCCACCUGAAACACAAACCCUUGUCUACAUCGUCUCCUAACUCAUUCAUUGCCAUUGACGGCAAUAGACAUCCAAUGCAUCUGGUAGCUCUUCUUGCCACACCAAAUUAAAAAAAAAUAAUAGUAAUUUUCUUUUUGAAUGUUUUGUACAUUAUACAUAUAUGGCGGAAAACACUCAUGUGGCUUGGAAGUUCCGCUCUGAGACCGCCAAUUUGGCCAAAUUUCAAAAUUGUCCUAUAUGCAUGUGUGAUACAUCAUUGGAAAGCUUAAAGUGCAUGUGACACUAAAAAGCAUGUUUAUUUCAUAAUACACGCGGUAUUUUAUGCCCCGGAAUGAUAUGGACCGCUUGGAUGUGUGUGGAAGCGAUCGCUAUAUUUAUUUAGUUUUUUUAAUCCCGCGCCAUGAAAAUGAGUGACUUCCGGCUUCGGUCUUGCAUUGAGGAGGCGGGCGCUGUGACGUGUACGGUAGAAGACGUCCUCUUCACUAUACAGUGUACUGUUGUGUAUGAGGACGAAGGAUUCAGCUGAUUUUCUCGGAUUAAUACGUUUAUUUUUCGCAUCACACCAGCAGAACGGCUGCAGAAAAAUCAUUCUGUAUGAGGGAGAGGCGUAAGCGACUUUUUGGAGUUUCAAAAGGUUCCCAUUCACCGUGGAUAUUUACUGUGGGACCAUUGGACUUACGAGGAAGUGAGUAAACAUCUUGUUUUGUAUUAUGUCAAAUACGAAUACAGCUAUUACAAAGUAAACACUACAAACUUCCUUUAAAUAAAGGACUACUUACGUUUGAUCAUUGAUUGGCAUGUAAAAAGCUCUCCUCAUGCUCAUUAGCAGCACGUUAGCUGCACAACAACUCCAGCCACCCUCCUCCGGGGAACGAACUGUAAAUUGCUCUCCGCCGGGCGGUUUGCCGAUCCGCGAAGACAAUCGACAACCGGGUCGUCAUGUCAAAUAAUCCAGGCUAGUUAUGUGUGAUUUUCCGCUUUGAAGACUUUGAAACAUCACUCGGUUCGAGUUAGCAUGUCGGCUAGCUGUCACGCCUUCUGGUUUGUUUACAUUUCCGAAGCCGGGGAAGGGAAAUGACAUAUGUCCGAUUUAGGUGUCAUAAAAUAUCGUUCAGGAGGUGCGACAGUAAAGGUGAAGUCGACAGUUUUGACCAUUAUGGAGUAAUUUUGCCAUGUCGUCCUGAAUAAAUGCAUUUUUAUUAUUUCAUAUUCCAUUCAGCACAAGACUGUUAUUUGUCAUGACCAUGCCAUUUAUUUAGCAAUUGGGGAAAAUACUUGGAUAAAAAGAAUAUCCUGUAAAAAUAUUGAAGUAAAGAGACAGAAACAAUGACAUUUUGCCGCUCUCUUCGUCGCGUUUUCCUCGUUGUGAAUAGUUCCCCCUCGACGGGCUGACUGGUCCUUCUCAAGCCAUUUAUAUAGCUGUUGGGGAAAAAUACUUGGAUAAAAAGGAUAUCCUGUAAAAAUAUUGGAGUAGAGAGACUGAAACAAUGACAUUUUGCGGCUCUCUUCGUCGCGUUUUCCUCGUUCUGAAUAAUUCCCCCUCAAUGGGCUGAAUAGUAAAACCGAUGAGCCCAGUCUACCGCUGACGUCAUCCACCUGUUGGGGACGCUAAAGCCCUAUAAUGGUAGGCGUGGCUAACCGGCAGAUUAAAAGACUAAUUUCUCGUUAUCUGCGCUUUGCUAAAUUGUUGUAUAUAGUCGAAUAGUCUCAAAAUAUGAUUCUAAUUUACAUAAUAAUGCUAUUUAAGACUUUUUUUCUCGUGUCGUAUGCUCUUUAAAAUCUUUUUUUUGGGGGGGGGUGAAUUUUUGAACAGGAGGGCAUUUUUUUGACACCUUAAAAGUAGGUUAAAUCAGGUGAGUGAAAAAUACAUUUUUUAGACAUUUAAAAUUUUCUGUUUCUCAUUUUAAAAAAAGGUUUUGGACACUAAUCCCGCUACAUAAUAAAUAACGAACACUUCAAGAUGAUCCCCCCCCCCCCUUUGUCUACUCAAGUCUUUAAUAAUCAAUAUGCAUGCUCUAAGACGUGGGUGAAUGUACGAUGAUAAAGGAAAUUGGUGUGAGUAAAUGUAGAGUUAUUUUAACCCUGUCACUGUGUUUUAUUUAGUAAAUAAACAUGGCUGAACAGGGAGUUAGCUGUAUAGUUAAUAUCUUUACUGUAUAGUUUUUGAUUUGGCUUGAUUAAUAUGUGCAAAGAAAAAAAUAUUCCAGGGGAAU